UUUGACUUCUUUAAUAGUUAACAUAAAUAGUGACAAUCAGGUUGAAAAUAAUAAUAAACAUCUUUUAAUUGAAACAAAGGUUCAAGAUUUCGAUACGAUUAAUAUAAAUAAUGAUCAAGUUGAAGAUUCAGAUAUUUUUUUUAAUCGAUUAAUUGAGAUAACUCAAAAAAUACUUGAUCUAUUACAUGAACACAAAGAUACAAAAAAUCUUAAAUGGGGUAAAAGUAUAGAAAAAAACUUUCAGUCAAUUAAUACAAUGGUAGAACAAAUUGAAACUUAUC